UGGCAUUGCCAGUUGUUCGCACAAUUUAUAUUUGUCCGUACGUGUUUUGUAGUAGGUUCGCUGUUUUUUUAAGUUGUUCAAGUUAUUUGCUAACAUUGCACAAGCUUUUUAAAAUCAUAUCGCCAUGGCCGGUGCCAAUCCUUUUGCGAAGUUUCAAAAGUCAUUUACAUUGAAUGGCACAACAUAUAAAUAUUUCGACCUGGCUUCAAUUGAUCCCAAAUACAAUCAAUUGCCAUACUCUAUUCGAGUUCUCUUGGAAUCGGCAGUGCGAAACUGCGAUGAUUUCUAUGUCCUCGAAAAAGAUGUGAAAAACAUUUUGGCUUGGACGCCUGAACUAAAGCAAGGGCAAAAUGACGUGGAAGUUUCGUUCAAGCCUGCUCGUGUUAUACUCCAAGAUUUUACAGGUGUGCCAGCUGUUGUCGACUUUGCAGCAAUGCGUGAUGCAGUUUUAAAACUUGGCGGUAAUCCUGAGAAAAUCAAUCCUAUUUGCCCUGCGGACUUAGUAAUCGAUCAUUCGGUUCAAGUGGAUUUCACCAGGAGCUCUGACGCCACGGCAAAAAACCAAAAUUUAGAAUUUGAAAGGAACAAAGAGCGUUUUACAUUCUUAAAGUGGGGUGCUCGCGCAUUCAACAACAUGUUAAUUGUUCCACCUGGUUCUGGUAUAGUCCACCAGGUGAAUUUGGAAUAUUUGGGUCGUGUGGUGUUUGAAGAAGGUAGCGGCAAAACUAAAUUGCUUUAUCCAGACAGUGUAGUCGGUACGGAUUCCCAUACACCCAUGAUAAACGGCUUAGGUGUAUUGGGUUGGGGUGUUGGAGGUAUUGAGGCAGAAGCUGUUAUGUUGGGUCAAUCGAUUUCGAUGUUGUUGCCGGAAGUGGUUGGUUAUAAGCUCGUUGGUAAACUGGGACCACUUGUCACAUCCACUGAUUUGGUACUGACUAUUACGAAAAAUCUACGACAAGUGGGUGUCGUUGGGAAAUUUGUUGAGUUCUAUGGGCCCGGCGUAGCAGAGUUGAGUAUAGCGGACCGUGCCACUAUUGGUAAUAUGUCACCAGAAAAUGGCGCAACUGUAAGCUUCUUUCCCAUCGACGAAAAUACGCUAGCUUAUUUGAAGCAAACGAACCGAUCUGAGGAAAAAAUUGAGGUUAUCCGCCAAUAUUUAAAAGAGACGGGGCAAUUACGUAACUAUUCCGAUGCCUCACAGGAUCCUAGAUACUCGCAGACUUUGACCCUUGAUUUGUCGACGGUGGUAACAUCGGUUUCUGGUCCUAAACGACCACACGAUCGCGUAGCAGUGACAGAUAUGAAAAACGACUUCCAAGCGUGUCUUGUUAAUCCUGUUGGCUUUAAAGGGUUUGCAAUUGCGCCGGAGGAUUUGCCGGCUGCCGGACAAUUCCAAUGGGAUGAUGGCAAAAGUUAUACUAUUCGUCACGGGUCCGUGGUUAUCGCUGCAAUUACAUCCUGUACGAAUACUUCUAACCCGUCGGUGAUGUUAGGGGCUGGACUGCUUGCCAGAAAGGCAGUGGAAAAGGGUCUAUCUGUAAUGCCUUAUAUCAAAACAUCAUUGUCACCAGGAUCGGGCGUCGUAACUUAUUACCUGCAGGAAUCCGGUGUCAUUCCCUACUUACAGAAGUUGGGUUUCGACAUCGUUGGCUAUGGCUGCAUGACUUGCAUUGGAAAUUCAGGUCCAUUGGAUGACAACGUGGUAAAUACCAUCGAAAAGAAUGGUUUAGUAUGCUGUGGCGUUUUGUCGGGCAACCGAAAUUUUGAAGGUCGUAUACAUCCCAAUACGCGCGCCAAUUACCUGGCAAGCCCACUGCUGGUUAUUGCCUAUGCGAUAGCUGGUCGCGUAGAUAUAGACUUUGAGACCGAGCCAUUAGGCGUCGCACCGAAUGGUGAAAAGGUAUUCUUGCGUGAUAUUUGGCCAACCCGUAACGAAAUACAAGAAGUGGAAAGCAAACACGUAAUUCCUGCUAUGUUCAAGGAAGUCUAUGAUAAAAUUACAUUAGGCUCUGAGGACUGGCAGAAAAUAGAAGUAGCGGAAAGCAAAUUAUAUCCUUGGAAUAGUGCAUCCACUUACAUUAAACAUCCGCCGUUCUUCGAAGGUAUGACGCGUGAAUUGCCACGUCUAAAAGACAUUCAAAAUGCGCGUUGUUUGCUGCUUUUGGGCGAUUCCGUAACAACUGAUCAUAUUUCACCUGCCGGUUCUAUUGCUAGAAAUUCACCAGCUGCGCGUUAUCUAUCCGAACACGGCAUGACACCACGCGACUUUAACUCAUACGGUUCACGGCGUGGCAAUGAUGCUGUAAUGGCCCGUGGUACGUUCGCCAAUAUUCGUUUGGUUAACAAAUUGGUGAGCAAGGCAGGUCCGCGUACCAUACAUGUGCCAAGUAAUGAAGAAAUGGACGUAUUUGACUGCGCCGAUCGUUAUCGUGAAGAAGGCACGCCUUUGAUGUUGAUAGCCGGCAAGGACUACGGAAGCGGUUCUAGUCGCGAUUGGGCUGCUAAAGGACCAUUGCUAUUAGGCAUAAAAGCUGUUAUAGCUGAGUCAUACGAGCGUAUUCAUCGCUCUAACUUGGUUGGCAUGGGCAUCAUACCAUUGCAAUUUUUACCUGGCCAAACUGCAGACACUUUCAAACUAAACGGACGGGAGGUGUAUAAUAUUACAAUUCCUGAGAAGGGUUUGAAGCCUGGACAGAAGAUUCAAGUGAAGGCUAAUGACACUGUUUUCGAGACUAUUUUACGCUUUGAUACGGAAGUUGAUAUUACGUACUACAAGAACGGAGGUAUUCUUAAUUACAUGAUCCGAAAGAUGUUUUCCUAAAUGAGGAGGAGUGGCACAGUAUAUUAAUCAAACUUCCGGUUUUCUAGGCAUUUCGAAAGCAAUUUUUUUAUUUUAUUUUUGAAUAUACAAUUUUAAAUACCAUACAAAAUAUUAUAAAUAUUAUAGCAAUAUGGUUAAAAAGGGUAUAUAUGUAAUGUUUUAAACAAAAAAUAUAUAAAAUAUAAUCGUUACAA